CUCGUUAAUAACCAUGGGUUGGGGGCUGUAUGGAUGUCCGAACAAAUGGCACUUGAGGUGACUUCAUGUGACGAAAGUUUCUACUUUCUUGCUGCUUUCCGCGGCCCAGUUUUUGAGCAUCUUAGUAGACUGGGAGUAAACUUAUAUGGAGCUCAUGCGGUCCGCCGUACCUUAGAGAUUGGUGGCGCUUUACCAAGAUGGGACUUUCCUGUAUAUUCCCUCAACCUCAGUGGAGCUUGCGUUUGUUUCACGGGGUUACCUUUGGAGAAGCGGGACGAACUGAAAGCAAAAAUCAAUUACAUGAACGGCAUUGUAUCUCCCGGUUUGACUGAGAAAGUAACCCAUCUUGUUACGGACUACUGUGAUACUCAAUCCAAAAAGUAUACGGUGAGGACAUUUGCUGUUGCGGUACCAAUUCUCUUAUCGUGUAAGCUUUGUAUCACGGCGUUUUCUAUGCAGGAGGCUCGAAGAAUGUGUUUACCGAUCAUGUCUCCACUAUGGAUAGAAAAAGCAUGGGAGGCUGCACAGAAGUUUUCCUCGGAAAAUUUUGCGUCGGCAGAGUUGACCCAGCGUUAUCGAACUCCUAUUUUCAACCAGAUGGUGAGUCUCGAAGGAUUUGAAUUGCGUUUCGAUUCAGUGGUCACAGCGACUGGUAUCGGAGGCGAUGAACGCAUUGAUAUUGCACGACUCGUUGAACUGAAUGGAGGUCGGUUCUCAGGAGAUAUGAAGAGAAAUGAAUGCACACAUCUGAUCGCAGACCAUAUGAGGGGAACCAAAUAUAAGAAGGUACAAUUGUCGAUACGGCAUGUCUGCCGGUUUACAUAA